AUGGUCAACCUCUUGGAACUCCUCUGGUUUUGCAUAUGCUCUGCCGCAGUCGCUCAGGAGGAGCGUGACCUUGCGUUCAGGCUUUUGUCAGACUUGGGCGCCAGGGAGGUGGAGAAGCUGGUAGAGGUCGAGGAUGGGAGAGUGGUGGGGAUUGCUGCGAUUGGAGGGCGGCUGAAGGGCAACAUUCCGGCUGAGUUUGGCAAUCUCGUUGCUUUACAAAAACUUGACCUCUCUGCCAAUAAGCUGACUGGUGAGAUUCCCGCUCAGAUCGGCAAGCUGACGCGCCUCAGAUACCUUGACCUAUCCGGGAAUAUGCUCAGCGGCCCGAUCCCCGCAUCAAUCGGCCGCCUCACUUCCUUGGAAAAGUUGCUUCUUUCUGACAACCAGCUCACCAGCCCGCUCCCGGCGUCAAUCGGCGGCCUCACUUCCUUGAGAAAGUUGCUUCUCAAGGAAAACCAGCUGACCGGCCCGAUCCCGCCAGUCAUUUGCCGGCUGGGUGCUUUGCAGGUGCUGUCACUUGCCAGCAACCAGCUCGCUGGGCCCAUACCCAGUGAGAUUGGCGAUUUGUCAAAGCUCACUCAACUUCUCUUGACUGGGAACAAGCUCGCUGGCCCGAUCCCGCCUGAAGUGGGGAAUAUGACCAGCCUCAGAUUUCUUUGGUUGGCGAGGAACAAACUCAGCGGCCCGAUCCCGGCCGCCAUCGGCCGCCUCGCUUCCUUGGAGGUUUUAGGUCUUUUCGAGAACCAGCUUACAGGCCCGAUCCCGCACGACAUUGGUCAAGAGCUUCUGUGCAUCAGGGCAGUCCUGCUUCACAAGAACUUCUUGGAGGGCCAGUUCCCUGGCCUCUGGGGCAGUGCACAAGGAAUUCGGUAUCUGACCCUGCAUGAGAACCGGUUCCAGGGACCGCUGCCGACCAGCCUGCAGAGCAUGACCAGCCUGCGCUACCUCACACUUCAUGGUAACGAUUUCUCUGGGACUGUGCCCAAACUCAACCUACCUGGAGGCGCCAGGGCUACUCUGCACAGGAACCGCUUCAGCUGCCAACUACCGGCAAGCCUCGGGCUCGACAACAUCGUUGCCACUGUGGUAAUGGGCAACAUGGUUGGUGUAGGCGACAGAACCUCUGCAAACUGGAUCAGCCCGCCGGAAUUACAGGAUUUCUUAUAUGUAUCCAGCAAGAUCUGGUGGGGAAAUGUGCUUGUAUUGGCAGGCUUGCCAGUGGCAUUCCUGGGUGCAGCCGUGAUCUUUCGUCAAUCUCGCCAAGCCAGCGCUGGAAGUACACGGGUACUUGCUCCAGACGUCCAUACCUCGUCGAUGCGUAGCCUGCAGCUGUCGCUAUGGAUUGCGGCGCUCUGCGCCCUGCUGCUGCCAGCUUACCUCCACGGUGCGCGGUACUACGAGUGUGGCCAGCCGCUUGCGUGGAGCACAGCGGCCUACUUGGAUGAGUCGCCUCGAACAGAGGUCUUCGUGAUUUUGAUCUGGAGCCUCGUGACUCUUUUUUUCUCUGUGGCAAUCGCUGGGCUUCCCGAGCCACGUGAGGAUUCCAGGGGGCCGCCAGCAGGAUCAUGGCUAAGGCGCAAGGUUGCGUGGGUCCUCUGGAUCGUACCAGUCACGGUGAUCUCGCUGCCUUCCAUCCUCUUUGCUGUGGCGCAGGCGCUUCCCAAGGACAACACGCUGGUGGCGAACUCGAUCCUGCAAAUCGCGCACCGCACGGCCCCUGCGCUAGUUGUCGCCAUCGACGUGCUGCUGGCAGCACGUCUCUGCAAGUGGUAUGCAGGUCUAUCUGGGAUCCGGGCUGACAGGCUUCUGAUGUCGCUGAGGUUGUGCGCGGCGUGGCUCCUUCCACUCCUCACGGAAGUCGCUUUGCAGGAAAACUGCCUGGCCGGGUGGAAGAGGUGGUGGACAGCCUGCGAUCCGGACUCAAAGAUGCAUGAUUCAUUCAACUGGCACUACUGGGAUUUAUCAGAAAUCGAGAUCCUGAAUACCACGACAGGCAUGUGCAGCGCAGAUCAGCAGAACCUUUGGCAGGGCCGUUGCAGCAGGUCUUUAAUCGAAGGUCUAUCUCCUCUUAUCCUGAAGAAGCUGUUGAUUCGGAUUGUCCUGCAGCCACUUGUGAUGGUCUUGACCUGGCGUGCUUCCAAGCUGGAAGAUGACCCUUCGCCCCUCGAAGGUGGCCGACAGCUUCGGCUGCUUGGCCGUAGGACCAGUGGAUCCCUGGCAUCGAUGCAGCAGCAUGCCUAUUUUAACACCCUACUGGAGACCGCCAUUGUUUGGGGUCCGCUGGUUCCCUUGGUCAGCCUUGGCGUGGUGGCAGCGUUCUUGGCAAACACGAUGCUCUUUGAGAUAGGGCUCAGCUUUGGCGUCCGGCUGCCCACAGACGCAGCCAACACUCGGGCUGGAGUGUCCAGCGCCUAUUUGCGGUUGGCAUUGGCCAUGAGCUGUGCUUUCCAGCUUUGGCACGCCUUCGGUACUUCCAUGGCUGGGCGCACGAUCCUGCUGCCUAGCGCCAUGUUGACGACCGCCUUCAGCACUUUGGGUCUGCGGUCUGCCAGGCGGCCGCCAAGGAGGGGGCCAGGCUCAGACGAGCAGGAACUGUCUGAGAUGGAAGGGACCAGCGCUGCAUUUCCGCCGCUUCGCGUCUCGCUGCAGAGUGCAUCCUGA